ACUCUGCACGUGACCAGUGCGGAGGAAGGCGAGAGGGACCGCGCCGCGUGGGGCGGUACAGGGUCCAGGGAGUCAGAGUGUGAGCCCCUCCUUCCCCUGAAUUUGGUUUGUGCCAAAUGGGGGAGGGCCCCCAUCUUCUGGCCCAACUGUGAAAUGAGUUGGCCGGGGCCCAGUCACCCGCUGGAGCCGUUCCGGGGAACUCCCGGGGAGUAAGGCACCGAGGUGUCUGGUCCUGUUUCUUGGCAGCCCUGCCGGGCGGGGGAGAAGGUGCGAACAGCCCGGGCUCGGAGCUCGCGCCCUGCGCCCCACCCAGGCUGCGGCCGCGCGGGGAGGAAGCGGGUAUAGGUUGAGUGCAAAGUUUCCCUUUUUGCUUUCUCGUCAGAGCAGCCCCAACGGACGGUGGGCAGGAAUGCCUAACUUCAAUUUGAAGGGGGUCCGGAGCCUAAGGGGUUAAAAUUAGCGACUCCCCCACUUCCCGCCUCCCUAAAACAUCCACCCCGCCAGCCAUGGGCAGCCGCGAUCACCUGUUCAAAGUGCUGGUGGUGGGGGACGCCGCGGUGGGCAAGACGUCCCUGGUGCAGCGAUAUUCCCAGGACAGCUUCAGCAAACACUACAAGUCCACGGUGGGAGUGGAUUUUGCUCUGAAAGUUCUCCAGUGGUCUGACUCAGAGAUGGUGCGGCUCCAGCUGUGGGAUAUUGCAGGGCAGGAGCGCUUCACCUCUAUGACACGACUGUACUAUCGGGAUGCCUCUGCCUGUGUUAUUAUGUUUGAUGUUACCAACGCCACUACCUUCAGCAACAGCCAGAGAUGGAAACAGGACCUGGACAGUAAGCUCACAUUGCCUAAUGGAGAGCCUGUGCCCUGCCUGCUCUUGGCCAACAAGUGUGAUCUGUCCCCUUGGGCAGUGAGCCGAGACCAGGUUGACCGGUUCAGUAAAGAGAACGGUUUCACAGGUUGGACAGAAACAUCAGUCAAGGAGAACAAAAAUAUUAAUGAGGCCAUGAGAGUCCUCAUUGAGAAGAUGAUGAGCAAUUCCAGAGAAGAUAUGUCUUUGUCCACCCAAGGGGACUACAUCAACCUGAAAACCAAGCCCUCCUCCAGCUGGGCCUGCUGCUAGUAGUGUUUGGCUUGUUUUCCCUCCCAGUUCUAGGAGGUCUUUCAUCUCUUCCCUUUGGUUGCCCACCCAGCAAUUCUAUUAAGUACAUUUGCACUGUCUCUUGCUGACUCUUCAGUGAGGAGGGCAUCAUCACUAAGAAAGGACACCUGGGACCCAUGUGUAUUUCUGUAUCUCCUGCAAGUUGGUUCUCACUUGCUGCUAGCUCAUAUGGCCCAGUUAGUGCCUUCUGUAUAAGAAAGAUCGUGGUCUCAUCCCUCAAUUUGUGAUCUGGGAUUUUGUGGGAAGGAUUAGAAAUCAGCAUCUAUGUUUUAAGGAUUGUAAUUCUCACCUGCUUUUGAGUUUAUCUUUCCAUUUGAUGUAUGUUGAUAUCUCAAUCUGAUAUGACUUCAGAUUGCAAGGAAAAUGAGAUCAAAGGUCAUUUCCCAAAUUCCUUGUAGGUCAUUGCUUUCAGAUUCUUUCUGUCUUGGACUUUGAAUUUAAACAUCUGAUUCUGAGAUGCAGAAGGAGGGAGGCUGGAUAUCUUUGGGUUUGGACUACUGGAGGUGACCCAAAAGUCACUGUAUUUUUGAAGCUUCUAAAGUCAUAAUUAGCUUUCUCUUGUCUUGGCUUCAAGAAUAGUCAAUAAUAUCUAUCUUGUGUGAUGAGAGCAUUUCUUUCCCCAAAGAAAGAAAUUCUCACAUUAGGGUUUUCUAGUGUCUCCCUACCAGUGGGGUGGGGGCGGGGGUUGCAAGUUUCUGGGUUGAUGUCUUGAUGCAUAAUGCUGCAAGGGACAUCGGUUGGCUGUGGUGCCAUGAAAUAGGUCUGUUCCUCACAGCUCUGGGAGUCUGAGAGGAAGAAGAGGGAGAGACAGAACAAAAUCCCGUGAGGCAACUUGCUUAUGAGCACUUUGGGUGGCUAGCACUUAACAGCCAUGGGAAACCAGUAUUAUGUACAGACCUGUGCCUGGGGAUGGAGAGGGGAUAGACAGAAAAUCAUUAGGUAAUUUAAGUGCUAGAUCAGGUAGGGUUUUUAGUGUUGAAUCAUUUCUAGACAGUUUAAUUUUAAUUCUCACAGGAUGGUGAUUUAUAACCUACUCAAAGUUAGGAAUAUUCUUAGUGAACUCAGAGAUCUAGAGUUCUUUGAGAGAGACUUUUCUAAAUAAGUGUCCUAAAUCAGGGUUCCGAAAUCUGACUGAUCAGAACCACCUGGGAAGUUUGUUAAAAAAUAAAACAUUUUUAGAUUCUGGGUCGCAACCUCAAACCUACUAAAUCAAAAUUUCCAGGGAUGAAGCCUGGGAAUUUGUGGUGGUUGCUGUUUUUUAAAGCUUCUCAGGUGAUUCUGAUCAGCCUGGUUUGGAAACCUUUGCUGGAGAACUUGGUAAAGAUGCAGAGACCCAGGCUUUUUCUAUUUAAAUAGAAAUAGCCCGAAAGCUGGGCUUCUGUAGGCUCUGUUAGCUCUCCAGGUGAUGCUGGUACACAACAGGCUUUGAAAACCUCUGUCCUAAGAGAGAACAGAGGCCAAGUAUCAACAAGAGAAAGGGAGCCAAUCCUUCAGUGGUUUAUUUGUUUCUAAUGCCAAUUAUUAUAAUCUUUGCAUAGUCUUUUGAGACCUUGAAGUUCUCUUUUGUAUUACCCUUUUCAGGUAGGGUAAUCAUUUUUAUUACAAUGAUUCUGAAGAUAAUAGUGGAGUAACAAAUUCUUUUAUGUGAAAAUUGAUUUUUAUUCACUGGUUUGAACCCCUGCAAAAUCACAAAUAAAUGGGAAAUAAAUCUUGACAUUCAUGUUA